GUAGAACUGGCACCAUGAUUUGCAUCUGGCUUAUUGAGAACAGCCUGUUUGAAAGUGCAAAGGAAAGUUUACAGUACUUCGGUAAAAGAAGAACCGAUGAAAGCACAAGCUCCAAGUUUCAGGGUGUUGAAACUCCAUCACAGAAUAGGUACGUUGAGUAUUACGCAACCUUGAAAUGGAAGUACAACCUGCAGCUCCCAAAAGCGAAGCCACUUGAAAUAAAAAGCAUAAAGCUCUAUGCUAUCCAUGGAGUUGGGAAAGGCAAUGGGAGUGAUUUGAGGGUGAAGAUAAUAAUGGAAAAGCAAGUAGUAUUUCAUUGUGUUUGUGCAACCCAAGAAAACUGCCAGUUGUUCUUCGAUGGCGAAAACGACUGGGUAGUAAUUGCUUUUGAAUGCUGUCCCGUAGUUAGCAAAGAUGUGAAAGUCAGAUUCGAAUCUUCUUCAUCUGCUAUACCAAAAGGCUACGAUGACUGCGCUUUCUUCUUUUGGUUCCACACAGCCUUUGUAGAGGACAACAGGUAAGCUGUAAUGACUGACAUCAGAGGCCUGUGACAAA